GUCCGCCGGAGGCGUACGAAGAAAAGAGAGGCAAGGUCCCCCCUUCCCUGCUUUCCGCACCGAUGCGAAGUGGAGUGCACGUAGGUAGAUCACGUCCCGCCACGGAACGACCUACUUGGCGAAAAAAAAGAAAGAAAGACAGAGGGGCUCUGCACUUCGAUUUUGUCCCGCACCGUGGUCGCAGAUCGCGACUUUCCAGCGACGAAAAUUCCCCAGGACUUCGUGUGUAUCACGUCGCGGCAGGCAGGCAACCCGUCGGCUCCUUUCUUUCUCGGCAACGUCCGUCGGAAAGUUUUUAUUUGCUUCUCACCCUCGCUGAAAAAACAGGUUCUGCGUGGGCUGCUUCGGAGGAGGUCGGCAGCGACGGCGUCGAUCAUCGAAGAUGACUUCUAGAGGAAGGGUGAUGGUCCUGUGCCUCCUACUGACCUCCCAGACGUCUGUCCAAGGUGGCUUUGACAGCAGUGAUUCUCAGUGCGAUCCACCGGGCCAGUGGAAGGCUGGUCAAGCUUUGGACGAGGACGCGUCCGUGCAUGCCGGUGCAACCAUCCGCCUCCUGAUGCCCGUCAAGACUGGCAAGAUGCAAGAAUGCGUGUCGCAGUGUUGUCAGCAUGAUAAAUGCAGAGUGGCCGCCAUCGAAGUACAGGACCGAGGGAAAAUCAUGUGCACAUUAUACGACUGCAGCCCUCCUGAAAAAUGUGUCUUUAAGAAGUCGGAGAAACUGCUCAGCUACGACCGUACUGAGACAUGGUUUCUCACAAAAGAUGUCACGAAGCCACCAUCUUUCACGAGCACGAAAACCCACACUGAAACGCGUGCUACUACAUCAGCAACCACAGCAGCUUUUGAAACGUCAUCCACGGUGGAAACCACGGUGCCCUAUGCAGCUGAUACUACAAGCAAUUUUGCGGCAAACGCAACGACAGCAGCUACGAGCAAUACAUACGCAAACUCGACAAUAGUUGAAGCAACAAAUGGCACGUUGAAUGUAAAGGUGAAUACGACACUAGCUAAUUCAACCACAUCUACGACGGUCGACCUGGUUAGCAACUACAUGGACACGUCUACAACUAGGUCUUCGGUCGCGAAGCACAGGAUACUGCUCACCGAAAGUUUCCCCAAACACAAUUGGUCGAGCACGGUAGGAGUAACUUAUCUUGACGUCUCAACUCCCACUGCGGCAACCAAAAUAGUUCCAUUGGAAAAAAAUGAGUCACAUUUCAACACGGUCUCCACGACAGUGGAGUUCUCCUCUCCAAGCCCUCGGACCCCCAUCGUCCAACUGAGCCUAACGACCGAAACAAGCCCUUCGAGAAGAACUAGUACCUCCAGCACAGCGUCUCCUGCCCUGCAAGCCUCAAUGCAAGGUAUAUUUACCCCUCGCAACUUUGAUGAUAACUCAUGGUUGCCAUUUCUGUCUUCUACGUCGCGACCCACAACCAAGCUUGCAGAAGUGACACCCAAGUCAGUGAACCGUUCUCAGAACGUCAUUGAUGAGAAAGGGAAGGUGACUGACUUGAGAGGCCCCAUCCAGAUCUUCGCUCCAACGACGUUAAAUGUCGUUGCUAAGGCAUCACCGUCGAUCAGCCUUGUGAUAGGCCUGUGCCUAGGACUGCUUCUAAUCUUCGUCGUCAUGGGACUCAUCGGGCGGAGGGUUUUGGACGUCUGGCAGAGGCGGCACUACUCCAGGAUGGACUUCCUAGUGGACGGCAUGUACCACGUGACGUGAAAAUUGUGCCAUGCCUAACUUUGGUAAGAUUUAUGUGAUUGGCCACACUGGACAUUUUGGAUGGACCCGCAGUAUAACUACGCGUGAUAUGCAAUUCAGUCCAUAGAACUCAUGAUCUACAAUGUAAUGUGUGCCUGACAUUUUGUUUUUAAGAAAGGGAUUGCAUCUGCUUUGCCGACCAAUUUAAAAUUAGUGACUGACCAGGGUGCUUCUCUUGCUGGAAACAACUGAUGUGUAGCAUUAGAGACGUUCUGGAAGCUUUCCUUUUCGACACCUUAUUAGGAAUGCGAAUCCUAUUUUUUACAUCUUAUUGGGUACAAUUUUUACGUUGAAAAAACGAAAACUUUUUAUAUGGCAUCUUGACAAGGUAAGAUAUGUGCAAUCAAGUACAAAGGCAGUCUUGUCUUAGACAAAGGUUAUGUGAUGUAACCGCAGCUGUUGCGGUUGAAGCUAGUUACCAGUGGUUUGUUUGUUUUUUGCUCGCUGUCACAGACAAUAGCAGAUUUCAUCAGUAAUAGGGGGCGUGUUCGUAUCGCGUAUCUAUGAACGUGAGGGCAUCAAUAUACAAUGCAGGAAAUAAUAACAUCACGUGAGCGUUCUUGGCUUCCAUGUGUGCUUCCAUGCAGAACAAUUCCGUUACGAUUAAUGACGAUACAGUGAAAUAUUAUGAGCCCUGCAUUACAGGGAUUAGAUGUAUUAUAACAACGUGUACAAGCCUCGGUUAUAUAAAAUGCUUAGUGGUAUAUCCUUUAUAUGCCUAAGGGACAUCAUUACCAAUAAUUUGUGAGAACUGACAGUUCUGCUUUAUAAUCUCCAACAGGCCUAGGGUACGUUCAACACGUUACUUAGGCGAGACUUCCCCUGGAGAGUCGUAAUACUACAGUACAGUAGCGUUAAGAGUGGAUGAGCUGUAGAUGGUCGAUGUUUGAAAUGUCUCUUAGAGCAAUAUGAAGUAUAUUUUGGAGCAUUGUGCGAACUAGUAAAAAUGCGGCCUCCAUUCAGGUUAACCCUAUUUUGGAUUCUAAUUAUACAGCUAUUCUCGUAAACAUGUUUACUUUUGUAGGUUUAUACCGGUCGUAAACUUGUGGAGUCACAUGCGGUAGUGGUACAGGUCCUAUGCAUUUUUUGCCCAGACGUGAAAAUAACAUUAUUGCCGCCUUGUUCAUGCUCGUAUCAUGUUUAAUUGUUUUAUUUCUGAAAAGAAAUAUGAUAGAAAUAUGGAUCGACCUGCAUACAAGAAAUCAAUGACCAACUUCCGUGGAAGCUGCACUGUUCUCAUUUGUGCCACUAUUAUAGCAAACCUCUCAGUUAGUAUUAUUGUGCACUUGCUUGAAGGCCACACAAACUAGAAGUUUUACUUAAAACUGUAAUUACAUUCGUAAAGUCAUACUGCAGCUGAACUUCCAAUACUCGUUUUGUUCGUUGUUUGCGGUGAUUUUGUACCAUAUAUACACGAGAAAUUUUAAUAAAACAGAGUAUUCUGUCUUUA